UUGUGACGCUAUCUUCUAUUUUCUUAUACAUGUUCGUAAAACACAACACCGGCCAUAAAAUAACCUGUGAAAUAUUUAACAAAUUUAUUAAUUUAUUUCAAGUUUUGUGAGAGUAAAAAGAAUAAUUUGUAGUUACAACCUUGGAUGUUGUGAAACAAAAAUUAUCUAAUCAAUCAUGAAUAAUACCAAGAGGACCAUCUAUGUUGGAGGAUUAGCUGAAGAAGUUGAUGAAAAAAUUCUCCAUGCAGCUUUCAUACCAUUUGGUGAAAUAAUAGAUAUUCAGAUACCACUUGAUUAUGAAUCAGAAAAACAUCGAGGAUUUGCAUUCAUAGAAUUUGAAUUAGCUGAAGAUGCUCUGGCAGCUAUCGAUAAUAUGAAUGACUCAGAAUUGUUUGGUCGCACAAUACGUGUCAAUAUAGCUAAACCACAGCGAAUUAAAGAAGGUUCAUCAAAGCCUGUUUGGGCAGAAGAUACUUGGCUGCAAGAACAUGCUGGUGAAACUCUUAAUAAAGACAAUUCCACAAGUAACAUUCUUACGACCCCCGUAAAAGAAAAGCGUAAUCCACAGGUUUACUUAGAUAUCAGUGCUGGAAAACAUGAAUUGGGCCGUAUUAUAAUAAUGUUACGAGCAGACAUUGUUCCUAAAACAGCUGAGAAUUUCCGUUGUCUUUGUACUCAUGAAAAAGGUUAUGGAUAUCAAGGAAGUAUAUUUCAUCGGAUAAUUCCUGACUUUAUGUGUCAAGGAGGCGAUUUCACAAAUCAUAACGGCAAAGGUGGUAAGUCAAUCUACGGUAAUAAAUUUGAUGACGAAUCGUUUGAAUUAAAACACACUGGACCAGGAAUAUUAUCGAUGGCUAACUCCGGGCCCAACAGCAAUGGUUCGCAAUUUUUCUUAUGUCUCGCUAAAACUGAUUGGCUUGACAAUAAACACGUUGUUUUUGGACACGUGCUCAGUGGACUUGAUGUACUAAAAAAAAUGGAGAAAUAUGGGAGUAAGGGGGGUACAGUUUCGCAAAAAGUCGUUAUAACUACAUGUGGAGAGUUGUCGUAAUAAAAUAUAAUUUAUUAUUUUUAAAAAU